AUGGAAGACUCAAUUUUAUCGAAAACACCACGCCGCCACGUCUGUUUCUCCAAGAAAGCGAACGAGUCCGAAAUCGACGUCAAAUUCUUUCUUUUCGAUCCGGAAGAUGCCAUUUCACCCACCUCGACCUUGCCAACAUCUUCCAAUGCCCGCAAUAGCGACCUCGACUCGGCCUUUUCUUCGUCUUCCUCGGAAAGCCUAGCCAGCUCAUGCUCGUCUCAAUCCUCACUCGACAGCGUCAACCCACGGAUUACAGCUGAAGCUGCCUUGAAUCGUCGAUCAAUCUGCACGUUUGCCGCAGUCACAGCUCAGCCGCUUCGCAAUUCAACUUCAUUUCCAUCACAGAGCCGCCAUAUCAUAGACGCCAGCCUCGACUCACCAGUCGAGAUCGAGCUUGACGAUCUAUCCGAAUCCAUCACUCGAAGUAGACCAAACACAGUACACAUCAUCGCCAGACCUAAAGCAGUCUACAUCCCUCAUCUUAACACCACCAGCCUCGUAGAAGCAGCAAUCCUCGAGAACAGCCACCCAAGCAAAGCAAAGACACCGCUCGAUCUCGUCGAGCCACCCACACGCUUCACACAGAUCCUCAUUAUGCCACCAGCUGUCCUCGGCCCACUCACAAGCUCACUCGAGGACGACUGGGAGCGCUACGCCGGCAAGGGAGAAGUGUGGAUCGACAGCUCGAGUCCGGCGCAACAACUUCUUGUGCGUAGUAGUCGGAGUCUUAGGAGUCGAAUCGCUACUCUGGCAAAAGUCGCGAAACGCCAGAUGAGGAAGUUGCGAAACAUCAUCAGCGGUCGGCGCAGCUCCACAGCCCCAAUGGAAGACAUCGAGGCCCAAGCCAGACAACAACCACGUCAGACCCAACUCAAGUCCAUCCUCCGAUCGAUCGACGAGCAGGUCGAGAAAGCCGGCGGCGUCGCUUUCAACCGCGACGACAGCUCGAAUGCAAGGGCACAUCAGCACGCACACUGA